AUGGAUUAUUCAAAGUUAUCAAUACCAUUUCAUUUUUUACAAAAACAAUUAUUAGAAGAUUUUGUUAAGUUAAAUCAAAGUCAACAGGAUCUUCAUUAUUUUAUUCCAUAUUUAACUAUAUUAAGUAAUGGUACAAAAAAAUUUUCACUAUUGGAAAUUUGUCCAGAAUCAAUAAAAGGAGAUGAUGUAUUGGUUUUUAAUAAUUGUUGUCAAUUUUAUGAAAGAACACGUGAAUUAGUAAAAAAUAAUAAAAUUAAACAAAAAAUUCCAAUUCCAAAAGAAGAGAUAGAACAAAUGGCAAGUGAUGAAGAUAGGUGUAUUCUUCAAACAUAUAAUAAUUUAUUAAAACUUAUAAAUGAAAUGGAUUAUAAUAAUUUUGAAGAUGAUUUAAAUAUCCUGUUUCCAUGUUUAAAUAUUUGCCUAACAACAAUAAUUUCUUUUUCCAGAUUUCGUAUUUUUGAUAUCUCGGAAAUUCUUAUCCAUAUGUGCUUAAAAUUAAAGAAAGCAGAUUUACCAUCAUUAAUUAUGUUAAAUUCAAUUCAAGAAUAUGAUAGCAUUCUUAACACUCUCUUACAACAAUCAAACUAUAAAACUUUAUAUGGUGAUAUAAAUAGGGAAAUAGUUUUUAGAAAUAUGAUACUUUUAAAACCAUCGAAAGUGAAAUGUUUUAAAGAACUUGAUAUUAAUUCAAUUAACCUCAACAUUUUUAUAAAUAUUAUUUGCUCACUUGACGAUUUACACUUUAUGGAUCUUUUAAAUUACCUUUUGAAGACAGCUAAUGAAGAUACAAUUAAAGCUAUGAAAUAUAUUUCUAAUCCAUAUGUUGGACAGGUUUCAGAAAGAUUUGAUGAUAUUCUUGUUCACUAUAUUGUUACAGAUACUUAUUCAAUGGAUAUAUUAAAAACAAUGACAUACCUUCUUUCAACUUUAGGAGUCCGAUUUAGAGGUGAAGAUUCAAAGAGAUGGAUUACAUAUUUAACUAGAACAACAGGAAAAGAUGAAAAAUAUUUUAAAAUUCAUUUAGCUAUAAUUAUUUCCUGGGCUUAUAUAUUUAUGCCCCCAAAUUCAACGAGUGACGUAAAUCAACUACCAGUCAAAGAAUUUUGUACAUUUCUUAAAGAAUUUACAGAAAAUGUUGAAAGAAUUACUUGUAAUUCAUUGUCACAAUAUAUGAUUUUUAUAUCAAUACUUUUUUAUAGAAAUGAUUGUACAACUUUGAAACAUACGACAGAAAAAGUUUUAGAAUUUGAUGUUAAUAUUAAAGCAUCAAAAUUAGAUGUUUUGAAAGAUAUUUAUUUAGAAUACUGUUUGAGUACUGAUGAUGUUCUUCAAAGGAUAGACAAAUUGGAGGUUACUUUGAAUCUUUCUUCAACAACAGAGGGAUUCUUACCAAUUCAUUGUAUUAAUUAUUUAUUAAAUUUAGGUAAAUUAACGGAAUAUUUACCUAGUGUAAAGGAAUGGAUACAGAAACAAAUAGUUAAUUCUAAACUUCCUGUUUCUGAACCAUUGAUACACCUUGUUCUUGAAUAUACCAAAGCAAUUUUUGCAUCUGAUGACAAAGAUUAUUUUACUAGAAUUUUACCUUUAUCAUUUAUAAAAGAAACUUUUACUGGUGAAGUUAUUGAUGAAUCAAAAUUACUUGUACGUAGUAUGUGUUUACUUUAUUUGUUAUCAUAUAAAGUUAACCUUUUAAAGUCAUCAGCAAAUGCCAGUGACGCUGCUAGGAAUUCAGCAUAUCCUGAAAGUUUUCUUGAUAAAAUUCCAAAAACAUAUAUUGCAACAGUUAUCGAUUUAAGGAGAGAUGAUUUUGGUGGAUUAUAUGGAAAAUUAGUUCCUUUAAUGAAUAUUAUUUAUACAUAUGAUGUUCCACAUUCAGAAAUAAAAUUAGAAGAAUUAACAGAUGAAGGUGAUAAGGGAAAUGAAAUGAUAAUUGGUAUUGAAGACAAUCCAAUUGAAUUAUCAAGAGUUAAAAUAAAAUCAUUUAAAUGUCUUAAUGUUAUAGAAUUAUCUAGUUAUGCAACAUCUAUUGUAUUAGCAUUAACAAAGUCAUUAGAUGAUACCAAUUUAUAUGAUGAUGAAAGUAUAGGAUUAUUGUCAAAUUAUUGGUUUACAAUUUCAAGAUUGUUUCCUGAAAGAAUAACUGGUCAAACAGUCAGAUCAUGGUGUCAGGAGGAUGGUUUUACAGAAAAAGAUAUUGCUGAAAAUCCUUUAAGAAUUUUUAGGUGUCAUGAAAGGGUUCUCCAUAGCAGUAAACAUUUCAUAGUUUUAAUAGAAUUAAUUGAAUAUUAUCUUCAAAAAUAUACUACCCAUAUAUCAAUGAAUAUCAAUAGGUUGAAGUUAAUUCGUAAAACAAUGAUAAAAGAUAUAGAUGAAAAACAACGAAUGAGAGAUAUAACAUUAGAUACAGUUCAAGUAACAAUAAUUCAAAUUCUUCUUGAUUGUUGUUUAGAAAAUGAAAAAAAUAAAGAUGAACUUGAGGAGAUAAGGAAACUUGUCUGUCAAUAUAUGCACAAGAAAUUUCUUCAAACUUGUAACUUAAUUACAUUUGUCCAUUUUCAAACGUAUCAUAGAUCACUAAUAGAAAUGGUUGUUAAAAAUGUUCCAUCUGUUCAUGUAAUGAGAAAUAAAACUAACGAGAUGUUUGCCGUUGCUGAAUUGAAAAAGAAAAUUUUUGCUAUUCUUUUACUAAUAGAAUUAACAGUACAAUAUGAUUUACCAUCAUCAUAUGUUCAUUCACAUUUUGUUUUAGAUUUUGUUAUGUCAAUGAGGAGGCAUCUAACAACAAUUGAUUAUAUAAAUACUUUAAGAAUUGUUUUACCAAGUAUACCAAAACUUUUAACAACAUAUCCACAGGAUAUUCUUAAACUUCACGUGGAACAAGUUUUCUCAUUGGCUAGAGAGAUAAGUAAAAUUCAUGCUGCAACACAUUCCAGUUUAUAUUCUAUGCAACAAUCACCUGGGUACAAAUUAAUGAAGAUGAUUGAUGAAAUUAUGUAUAAAAAUAAUCUAAAAUUGUAUGAUUUUACCAAUACAAAUAGGAAAUCCAUUUAUGGACCUUAA